AUGGAACAAUUAAGGAAGAAACGCACACAAUUGAAAAAGUCGGUGAUAAAAUUGUAUAAUUUCAUAUCUGGCCAUAACGUGAGUUACAACGAUAUAAAGGUACGUAUGGAGGAAUUUGAAAAUGUUUUUAUGAAAUACAAGGACAUUCAAGAUGAGAUUGAUAGCUUAUGCGAUAAAGAUUCUGACAUUCAAAAGGAAGAUGCAUACCGCAAUGAAAUUGAUGAAAUGUAUUUUACGGCUAAAUCCAUAUACACGUCAUAUACUCAGGAAAAUUUGGAUAGUACGGUAAUUGAGGGAGCAGCUGCAAGUACUCCACAACUUAAUAAUGAUUUGACGGCAUUAUUACAGACAAUGUCAACAACAUUGACAUCUGUCGUUAACUUACAGUCAUCUGGCAUGAAUAAUUCGAACAUUAAUAACAACAAUUCGAGUAUACGUUUACCUCAAAUUGAGAUUCCAGAUUUUGAUGGCAAUUUAUCAAACUGGAUUCGGUUCAGGGAUUUAUUCAACGCCAUGGUUGAUGCUAGAACAAAUUUAUCGGACGUUGAGAAGCUAGAGUAUCUCCAGACGAAACUCAAGGGCGAAGCAUCGUCGAUAAUUAAGCAUUUAACUCCUACGAACGGUAAUUAUAGAAUAGCUUGGGACAUAGUGAAGAAGAAGUACGACAGACCAGAUCAAAUAAAGGAGACAUAUAUUAGAUUACUUUUGACUCAGCCUUCGGUCAAGAAUGGUACAUUGUCGGAGAUUAGAAAAUUUUACAACAACACUAUUGAGUGCUAUAAUGCUCUUUCUGUCUUAUAUGAAUCCGUGGCUUCGUGGGAUCCAUUAUUGCUAUUCUUGAUAAAGGAGAAGUUAGAUCGGGAAACAAUUACGCUGUGGUAUCGUCAGCAGAAUGAUAUUGAUAGGCAGUCAUUUAAGAAGUUAUUAGAUUUUUUGGAAAGUCGUGUAAUAGAGUUGGAAAGUUUGGAAAUACCUGAUCAGUCAUCUAAGUUCAGGAAACCUAAUAAAUUUGUUACAAUGACAGCAACAACUCAAUCGUGUCCAGUCUGCCAAAAAGAUCAUUUUUUAUUUGCAUGCCAACAGUUUAAGGAUCUGAAUAUCGAAAGACGCAAGAACGUCGUUCUCAAAAGUGGUUUUUGUUUGAAUUGUCUAAAGGAAAAACAUUUUUCUAAGGAUUGUAAGUCUAGUUCCUGCAGAACUUGUGGCUUGAAACACAACACAUUGUUGCAUGUUAAUACUAAUCCAUCAAGAGGCAACGCUGAACAGUCAAGUGACGAUACUAAUGGCUCUUCUUCAAUUACGGUAAAUUCAAGUCAGCAGACUACAACAAAUCAGACUACACUUCUGCCAACAGCGGUAAUCAUGGUGCGUGAUAGGAACAAUAGCUUGCAACCAUGCAGAGCUCUUGUAGAUACCGGUGCCCAAUCAACGCUCAUUUCGGAAUCAUGCGUUCAGCGACUUCAGUUGAAUAGGUCGCAUGAUAAAACUGCUCUAUGUGGAGUUGGUGGAAACACUACAAGUUACACCAGGGGAAAAGUACAAUUGGAAAUCUUCGCUAAGGAUAUCAACAGAACAAUCAUAGUUCAGACUUAUUGCUUAUCGAAUCUGACACAAUAUAUUCCGUCACAUACGAUAGUGAACCAGAAGCUCGAAUAUUUUAAAGAUUUGAAACUGGCCGAUCCUGUUUACCAUAAACCAAACCACAUCGACAUCAUUUUAGGAGCUGACGUUUUUCCCCAUUGUAUAUUAGGGGAAAAGGUAUCCCAUCCAUCAGGUUCUCCAACAGCACUUAGCACAAUAUUCGGUUGGGUGAUUAUGGGAAAUGUCAACAGACAACCCGAAAAGUCCAUUAUGAUUGCCCAUCUACAUACUGGCUUGGACGAACAACUUCAACGUUUUUGGGAGAUAGAACAAUGUGAUGUUCAAUCAAAGCAUUUAACUCCUGAUGAGGAACAUGCCGAACAACAUUUCAAGGAAAAUGUCCGGAAACAACCUGAUGGACGAUAUAUGGUGAAACUUCCGUUCAAAGCUAAUUCUUUUCAACUUGGUGAAUCGAAGACAGCGGCAAUGCGAAGACUUGAAUCCAUGGAACGACAGUUUGACAAGAAUGGUAAUCUCAAGGUCGAGUUCCACAAAUUCAUGAACGAAUACAUAGAGCUCAAUCACAUGGAAAUUGCAACUAAUAAAACGGAACAUCAAGUUUACUACAUGCCACAUCACGCAGUUUUGAAACCAUCAAGUACCACUACCAAAUUACGCGUUGUUUUCGAUGCAUUUUGCAAAAGUUCAAACAACACAUCGUUGAAUGAUCAUCUCCUUGUUGGACCUACAGUACAAAAUGAUUUGUAUUCGAUUCUGCUAAACUUUCGAAAACACAAGAUAGGUUUUACCGCAGACAUCGAGAAGAUGUACAGACAGGUACUCAUACAUCCAGAUGAUAUAUCAUAUCAGAGUAUUUUAUGGCGUGAUUCUCCAAAGGAUCCACCCAUCACAUAUCAUCUCAGGACAGUUACACAUGGAACUGCAUCGGCUCCAUUUCUAGCUACCCGUACGUUAAUGCAAGUUGCUCUUGAUAACUCACAGAAGUAUCCAGAAGAGUCUAACGAGAUCAUCAACAAGUUUUACGUAGACGACUACAUGUCUUCCGCUCCAGACUUAGAAUCGGCUAUUUCACGUCAUAGGACCCUAUGCACAGUUUUAUCCAAAUCAGGUUUCAACCUUCGCAAAUGGUCAACGAACUCAAGGGAAUUGUUGGAUAAAAUUGAUCCUCAAGAUCGAGCUUGUUCAUCAGAGCUGAUAAUUGAUCAGUCAGAAACGGUAAAAACUCUAGCACUGCUUUGGAACACAUCAACGGAUUGUUUUCAAUACAGCGUGUGUUUUGGCGAAAUUACUGGAAUAAUCACGAAACGUCGCGUGCUAUCGGAUAUUUCAAGAAUUUACGAUCCAAUUGGCUGGCUAUCUCCGGUGUUAAUUAAAAUGAAAAUCUUCAUGCAAAAACUUUGGAUUAAAGGUGUCAAUUGGGAUGAAGAUCUACCAAGUGAUCUUAAAGCGGAAUGGCUACAACUUCAACAUCAAGUUGAGAACAUACGUGAUCUACAAAUUCCCAGAUGGUUUAAUUUCAACGUUGAAGAUCGUAUUGAACUUCACGGAUUUGCAGACUCAUCGGAAUUAGCCUAUUCUACUGCUAUUUAUAUUCGUGUCAUAAAACCAGAUGGAUCAAUAACAACUAGUCUAAUAACAUCGAAAACCAGAGUUACCCCGAUUCGACAAAUAACACUUCCACGCUUAGAGCUUUGUGCAGCUCAUCUCAUGGUGAAAGUUAUGGUUAAAGUGAAACAAGCUUUAGAAUUGCAGAAUGUACCUACAUAUGGUUGGACUGAUUCAACUGUCGUACUAGCAUGGUUGAGUGAUCAUCCACGGCGGUGGAAAACCUUCAUUGCAAAUAGAACAUCUCAUAUUAUCAACAUAAUUCCAGCAAGUCAAUGGCGUCAUAUUACAUCGAAACAAAAUCCAGCCGAUUUAGCUACGCGUGGCAUCUCUUCAUCGGAAAUUAAAGACAACAGUUUAUGGUGGCAAGGGCCACACGUUUUGCAAGGUUUUACAAUGGAAGCUUCAACAAUGUCAACAGCAUCUAUCCCAUCGAACAUUGAUUUAGAGGAACGCAAGGUAAUCGCAACAGCAACAUCCGUCAAGCAAACAGAUUUGUUUCACCUAUUCUCAAGUUAUGACAAGCUACUUCGUGUAACUGCUCUGAUUUUACGUUUUUUUGGUAAUUGUAAAUGCAAAUCUCAACGUCAAACUGGUUUCCUCACUACGACGGAGCUUCAAAACGCUCACAGAAUGCUUGUAAGAAAAGCUCAACAUGAAACAUAUGCAGCGGAAAUUC